CAUUGAGCGGUGCCGCGUUCCAGGCCAGGUCAGGUCGCAUAUAAACGAGGCCGUCGCCCUAUAUACUUGCUGGUCGCCUCGACCGUUCCUCUAUCCCUUUCCGUCCCUCGCCCGUCUGCGACAUUCCCAUCAAGCAAGGCACCACCAUCCUUCCUGACGUCUUCACAAGACCUCUGCGGCAGCGAUUGGAACUCUGCGCCUCCUGCCCAUCUUCCUCACGCCCAAUUUGAUACCCCUUCCCUCCACUCCAUCAUGGCCAACACACCCAAUGGCGGCGUCCUAAAGGACCUGUUUGCCCGCGACCUGCCCCGACAGGCCGAGCUCGCCGCGGAGGCUGAGGGCCUCCCUGCCGUUGUUCUGACCGAUCGCCACCUCUGUGAUCUCGAGCUGAUUCUCAAUGGCGGCUUUUCCCCCCUCGAAGGCUUCAUGACGGAGAAGGACUACAAUGGAGUCGUGGAGAACAACCGCCUGACCGAUGGCGCCCUGUUCAGCAUGCCCAUCACGCUCGAUGUCGACCAGGCCCAGAUCGAGCAGCUCGGCAUCAAGGCCGGCGCCAGGCUCACUCUGCGCGACCACCGAGAUGACCGCAACCUGGCCAUCCUGACGGUCGAGGACGUCUACCAGCCAGACAAGGUCAAGGAGGCCAAGCUCGUCUUCGGCAGCGAUGACGACACCCACCCCGGCGUCAAGCACCUGUUCAGCGUCGCCAAGAACUUUUAUGUUGGUGGCAAGCUGCAGGCCAUCAACCGUUUAGAGCACUACGACUUCCUCGACCUGCGCUUUACCCCCGCGGAGCUCCGAUCCCACUUCAACAAGCUCGGCUGGCAAAAGGUCGUUGCUUUCCAGACCCGAAACCCGAUGCACCGUGCCCACCGGGAGUUGACGGUGCGUGCCGCGCGGUCUCAGCAGGCCAACGUCCUGAUCCACCCGGUCGUUGGCAUGACCAAGCCGGGUGACAUUGACCACUUCACCCGCGUCCGAGUCUACAAGGCGCUGCUGCCGAGAUACCCCAACGGCAUGGCUGCCCUGGCCCUGCUGCCCCUGGCCAUGCGCAUGGGCGGUCCCCGCGAGGCGCUUUGGCACGCCGUCAUCCGCAAGAACCACGGCGCCACUCACUUCAUUGUGGGCCGCGACCACGCCGGCCCUGGCAAGAACAAGCACGGCAAGGACCAUUACGGCCCUUACGAGGCCCAGGAGCUUGUCCAGAAGUACCAGGACGAGCUCGGCAUCAAGAUGGUCGAGUUCCAGGAGAUGAUUUACAUCCCCGACAAGGACGAGUACAUGCCCGCCAACGAAAUCCCCGAGGGCACCCGCACCAUGAACAUCUCGGGCACGGAGCUGCGCAACCGCCUCCGCACGGGCAAGGAGAUCCCCGCGUGGUUUUCGUACCCCGAGGUCGUCAAGGUGCUGCGCGAGCAGAACCCCCUGCCGGCCGAGAAGGGCUUCACCGUCUUCAUGACUGGCUACCAGAACAGCGGCAAGGACCAGAUCGCUCGCGCGCUGCAGACGACGCUCAACCAGGGCGGCGGCCGGCCGGUGUCGAUGCUGCUGGGCGAGACUGUGCGCCACGAGCUGUCGUCAGAGCUGGGCUUCAGCCGUCAGGACCGUGACCUGAACAUCUCUCGUAUCGCCUUCGUCGCUUCCGAGCUGACCAAGGCCGGCGCCGCCGUCAUUGCCGCCCCCAUCGCCCCCUUCGACGAUGCUCGCCAGCAGGCGCGAGAGCUCAUCGAAAAAUCGGGUCCCUUCUUCCUCAUCCACGUUGCCACGCCUCUCGAGUACUGCGAGAAGAACGAUCGCCGGGGCAUCUACAAGAAGGCGCGUGCCGGUGAGAUCAAGGGCUUCACCGGUGUCGACGACCCGUAUGAGAAGCCCGCCAAGGCGGAUCUGGUGGUGGACCUCGAGAAGCAGAACGUCCGCUCCAUCGUGCACGAGAUUAUCCUGCUGUUGGAGAGCCGGGGUCUGCUCGACCGGCUGUAAAGGCUAGGGCGAGAGCGCCGUUUGGCUGAACCAGGUCGGUCGUGGAAGAUGGAAAAUGUUAUCGCGGCACAUUAAGCCAUGGCGUUGGGAGGAGACUUUGAUGAAGAGGACUACAUGAACAUGACGUAGAGAGCAUGCUUAUUGGCACUAGACGUGCGCUUCGAGCCGACGAAGCCUUUUGUGAUAGGGGACUUUUCGGGCUGUCGUCCCUUGUAAAUAGAUAGACAUGGUAUCAAUGCAAUGCAUUGUGCAUACAAAUGG